AUGCGGGGCGCAUCUCUCCUACCAGUUGCUUUAGCGGCAUUGUCAUGUGUGGACGCCCUCUCGCUUCACAGGCGCGAUACCCCGGCCACCGUCGAGCUGCCUAUUGAGCGUAGGCAACAUGCGGGGGGUCUGCAGAAGAGAGAUUCGACGCUGAACUUGCCACUCAUAAACUACUAUGAUAGUUUCUACAUCCUGAACCUGACGCUAGGAACGCCAGCACAGCAAUUUGCGGUCGCUUUGGAUACUGGCAGCAGUGACCUCUGGGUGAAUGUCGCCAACUCGUCCUACUGUUCGUCUCGGACUAAUCCGUGCAAACCUUUUGGCCUAUAUGAUCCCGACGCAUCCUCAACAUACAAGAACCUGGGUGUUGAGUUCAAUGCAACAUACGGCGACGGCACAAACGCCUACGGUUACUAUGCCACUGAUGAACUCGGUCUUGGUGAUGUAAAUGUUGAUGAUAUGCAAUUUGGCGUUGCCGAAUCAACUACGAUAACACAGGGUAUCGUCGGUGUAGCUUAUGACACUCUCACCAAUGAAGCCUCGCAUGAAGGCAAAACAUACGUCAACCUUCCCCAAGCCCUAGUUAAUAGUGGGGCCAUUAAAUCGCCCGCCUACAGCCUGUGGCUAAAUGAUCCCCAGGCGAGCCGGGGGUCUAUUCUCUUCGGCGGUGUCAACAAGGCCAAGUACAAAGGCGAACUUCAGACCAUCCCCAUCGUGCGCACUCUUCGCGGGUAUUCCUAUCUAGCCGUUACCUUGACCGGCGUUUCCGUGGAACAGGGCAAGGAGUCCGAAGAUUACUCCUCACGCCUGCCUAUAGUGGUGCUGCUUGAUUCGGGCACCUCCUUAACAUAUCUGCCUGACUCACUCGUUGAUGAGCUCUACAAGACGUUCAACGCUACCUUCCUUGAGGACGAUGGGCUGGCAUACGUUGACUGCGAGCUCAUGAAAAAGGAUUAUACCGUGAAUUUCGACUUCUCCGGCGCCACCAUCGCCGUCGGAAUUAGUGAACUGGUCCUCAAAGCGGUUGCCGAGGACUUCCCUUUGGGAACCUGCGCCUUCGGUGUUGUCCCCAGUGGAGACAGCCAGGAUGCCAUGUAUAUCUUGGGAGACACUUUCCUCCGCAGUGCAUACGUCGUGUAUGACCUCGGUAACAACGAGAUCUCCCUUGCCAACACGAACUUCUCUCCCGGAGACGAUGACAUCUUAGAGAUCGGCACCGGUACCAGCGCCGUGCCCGGUGCCACUCCAGUCGAGUCCCCUGUCACCUCUGCUACCGUCGCAUCCGCCACUGACAUUGUCCAUACCGUCAUGGUGGGCGGUACUAAAGCUACUGCCACUGACUCGAAUUCCGGCGCCGCCGAGACCUCAUCCUCGAGCGGGAUCGCAGCCUUGCCGACAAGCAACACGAGACAUCUUCUCUCUGGCCUUGCGGGUGCUGGUCUUCUUCUUGCUUUGUAA